GUUUAGGGAACGAACACAAAUCGCGGACAUCACCCUCGCCAAUGAGUCGGGGAAGUGAGCUCGGGACAGGAAGCCUCGAAGCGAUUUUGUGAGUGUAGCUUGCGUAACUGUAGCUCGAGUGAGUUGUAGCUCGCGUAACUGUAGCUCGAGUGAGUUGUAGCUCGAGUAUGUGUAUCUCGAGUGAGUUGUAGCUCGAGUGAGUUGUAGCUCGAGUACGUGUGUAUCUCGCGUGACCGCGCACGCUUCGCGCUCUGCGCUGCGAACCCGGCCACGUGAGUCUAUUGAACAAGUUGAGUCAUAGGCGAAAGAUCAGGAUGUGGCGAGCGGCUGCCAGGGGUUGGAUGAGUAUGAUGAUGACUCGGCAUCAGGGACCCCCCCCCCCCAGAGUUCCUGAGAACCGCACCGCCUCUACCCGACCAUUAUUUGUCCGCGUGUGUGAGUUUGAUUACGAGAGAGGGAGGUGGGGGAGGAGAGAUAAGAUGGGGAAAGGGGACGGUGAUGAAGAAGGGAGGGGGAGGGGGGCGCAGGAGGAGUGGUAACGGGUGAGAGAGAAGGGGAAGGGAGAGGUCAGAGGCGAGGGUGGAGGGAGUGACACAUUAACUGGGCUCACGCUCGCUCCCCGAUAACUCGGAGCGACUCGCAAGCUCAAAGCGACACAGUCCGAGACAGCGGCGGCGGCGCCACCACCACCAUACAGGGCGCGUCCCGUGGGUGACGCACAGGGCUCUGACAGCGGAAUCAUGAGGAGUGUCCGCGCCGCCGGACCUCGAGCCCAGAAUCACCAUCAUCAGCUGCUGCUGCUGGUGGUGGUAGUAGUGGGGCGUAUCUCUGCGUGUUGGCUUGAGCCGCACUCCGGCUACGUCUCCUGUAUAAACAUGAAUCUCAAGGAGCCGCCUCCUCGGGACUCCCUCCCCGCGAACACCACGGAGCUGGACAUCUCCUUCAACAACAUAUCGCGCCUCUCCCGCGCCUCGCUGCCGCCGCUGGCCUACCUCCAGGUGCUGCUGCUAGGCCGGCAGCUGCAGGGCCUGGUGGUGGAGGACCUGGCUUUUGCCGAGCUGCCCCAGCUUCGCUGGCUGGACCUCGGAGGCAACCGCCUCCUCGUCCUGGAGCCCCGCGCGCUGUGGGGUCUCCAUCGGCUCGAGAAGCUCCAGAUGGACUACAACGGCCUGGAGGAUGAGGUGCUGGAGGGCGACUUCUUCCGGGACCUCACCUCCCUGCGGGAACUCGACCUCACCGGCAACAGCCUGCAGCGCGCACGGCUCAGUGGGGUCUUCCUCUCCAUGGCAUCCUUGAGGGUCCUCAAGCUCCGCAGCAACACAAAGCUGGAAAGUUUGUGCGAGGGAGACCUCGCGGCGCUCUCUGGACUCCGCCUCGAGCUGCUGGACCUGAGUGACACUAGGAUGUUCCAGGACACGGCUUUUAACUGGACAGAGUGUGGAAACCCCCUGCGCAACCUCUCCUUCGGCCUCCUGGACAUUUCGAGCACCACCUUUGUCCCCAGCAGCCUGCAGAAUUUCCUUGAGAGUAUUCGCGGGGUUCCCAUAAAGGCGCUAAACUUGUGUUUGCUCCCCAACAUCGGCAGGUCCUUUGCAUUCAUGAACUUCAAGGAACCGGUGCGGGAGUGGUUCUUGGGACUGGAGAAAUCCGGCGUGGAGGUCCUGGACUUCUCGAGGAACCGCGUCUUCUCGCUGCAUCCACGUGUCUUCAGCGCGUUCCCUGCCGUGCGCUCCCUGGAUGUGAGCAGAAACAAGGUGAACGAAAUCGCGCCGGGCGCCUUCCAGGGCCUCGAAAGCCUGGUGUUUCUCAACCUGUCUUACAACCUGCUCGGCGAGAUCUAUGAGAGGAGCUUCAAGGACUUAGUGAACUCCCCGCUGGACAGCAUUGACCUCAGCCACAAUCACAUCGGCAUCAUCCAGAACACCGCAUUCGCGGGCUUCCCACAUCUCACCAUGUUGGACCUUAGGGACAACUCGAUCCUGCAACUACCGCAGCUAAUGCUGCCCUCGCUGACCUACCUCAUGCUAGGUGACAACCGCCUGAGUAACCUGUAUGGCCUGCAGACCAUGGACAAGAGCCUCGUGUUCCUGGACGUGAGACGCAACCGGUUGCAUAACCUGGGCGAGGUGUGGAGGGCCAUGGCGUCGCCACGUGUGCAGUUCCUGCUCUUUGAGGGUAACGUUUUAAGGGACUGCCCACCCGAGGCCACCCCGUGGAGCCCAAACAAUAGCCUCGUCUACCUGGACAUUAGCGGGAACACGAUGGAGAUCGCAUGGGCCAGUGGCCACUGCACGGACAUGUUCCACACACUGGGAGCACUGCAGAAGCUCUACUUGGACAGAAACCUGCUCACGGCUCUGCCGGAUGGGCUCUUCCUCGGCCUGAGCUCACUGCUUAAGCUCAACUUGUCCAACAACCACCUGAGCAGCGUGAGUGCUGCCUCGCUGGAGCCUCUCCGCAGCCUGGAGGUGCUGGACUUGGCAUGGAACCGCCUCGUGGUGCUGGACCCCAUGGCCCUGGGCCCCUUGGCCUUGCUACAGCUCCUGGACCUGCGCGGGAACCCAUUCCACUGCACAUGCGCGCUCAUGCCGCUCCUUGCGUGGCUGAACUCCUCGGCGAGCGCCGCCGUGGCCUCCUUUCCCGACGCCCUCCGGUGUGCGUCUCCGGCCGAGCUUCAGGCGGUACUGCUGGUGCUGCUCGACAGUCAGGGCUGCGAGGAGGAGGACCCGCAGCUGGUGCGGCACCUGCGCCUCUCGCUCCUCUGUGCUUCCUCCUCUGCGGUGCUGCUCCUCCUCGUUGCCACGCUCGGCCACCGCUGCUGCCGCCGCCGCUUCUACCACGGCCUCAUGUGGCUCCGUGAGCUGCUCCUGACGUGGGAAUGGGGAGCGACUCCUAAGGCGAAUGAGAAACGUGGCGGUGGUGCAGAGUUUUAUUACGAUGCCUUCGUGUGCCAUAGUGAGGCAGACUUCCCGUGGGUCCGCUCUGAGCUCCUGCGCCGCCUGGACUUGCGCGGGGGUCGCGGAGGCCCCCUGUCCAUGUGCCUGGAGGCUCGCGACUUCGUGCCGGGCGAGGCCCACAUGGACAACCUGGUCCGCGCCGUGGACGCGAGUCGCUGCACGCUCUGUGUGCUUACACGCCACUUCCUGGCCGACAGCUGGUGCAUGGAGGCCCUGAGGCUGGCGCAAGGUCGCGGAGGGUCCCUUGGGACCCGCCAUGAUGUGCUCGUGCUGCUGCUGGGCUCCCUGCCCGAGUUCCAGCUGCAGAGGCAUGGGCCCGUGAGGGCCCACUUGCAGGCGGGCCGGCCCUGUGUGCGCUGGCCCGAGGACCCACAGGACCGAGACUGGUGCGCAGAUUUGCUCUUGGUGACGAUCAGGGAGGGGGUACCGUGCGAAGGCCCCCAGGGGGGUACACGGUUCCGCAUGCGGUCCCUCAGGGCUGUGGGACCCCCCACGUGAAGGUGGGGGAA